AUGGCCCAGGCGCGCGCUCUUUUGACAGAAAUAACCCCAUACUGUAUCAUCGCACUGCCUGAAACUACAAUUUUUCUUUUUUCAUCUGCCGCCCGACACCACCAGUAUACUGUACAUGUCCCCCUCUCCAAGGGCCUUCCUGCCAACCACAUCGCAUCCAGUUGCUCGCAUCUCAUGAUUCACAGCGUCCGUACCCGUACAGUCGCGGACGAAUCCAAAACCUCCGAGCCCCCAAUCAUCCUCCCAACAAAACUCUUCCCCUCCUCACACACCUUUCAGCAGCACCCGAAAACCCGCACAUACCCCUCGCUGUCCGCGGUCACAAUGACGAGCCCGCUGGUCCUCAAAUUGGGGGACGCGGCCCUCAAAUGGAGCGCCUCCCUGGGGACCUGCUUCGGCGCGAACACGGCUGCUGUCAACGUGCCGCUCUCCUGA